AGCCUUCAAAAAAAAAAAAAAAGGAAAGGAAAGAAAAAGAAUAGCACCCCCCUGCAAAACACUGCCUGCCCUGUUUCUGACGGGAGUGCGAAACUCCCGCAGUGGGGAACCUUGUGGUAUCUACCAAACUACCCAUACCGCUGCCUCUUGACCCAGUGGUUCUAUUUCUAGGAAUUUACGUCUGUGCAAUGCUAUUGAGAGCACCAUUGUUUGCAAUGGAAGACUGGAAACCCCCUGUAUUCGUCGUAGGGAUAGGAUUGGAUGAACAUUGGUACAUCCACAUAAUGGAAUCAAGCAGCCAUUUUUUACAAAGGGGAAGUUUUCCAGGUACUGUAUAUUGCGUGGCAUGCAGAAUAUGUUUUUAAGUGAAAAAAGAUGUGAAAUUAUAGGGCACCCGUGUUCCCUGGAGGGAGGCAGGUAAGCAUCCAUGUUCCACCUGGGAUGGGGCAGGUGAGCCCAGAGCCACAUUGGCAGAGCCCAGCCUCUCAGCCAGGAGGGCCUCAGCAUGGAGAGGUGGGAAGAGGGUCCCUGGAGACAGACCACCCCCCGGGCAUGGGAUGUGCAGAGCCCUGGCUGUCCAGUGUGGCCUGCUGGGGGCUCAAAAAGAGGAGCCUGCCAGCGCCAAACUUCCCACCACUUUCCAGCUUGGUCAAGAGCCAGCUCCUCUCUCUGUAAAGGAACAGAUUAUCUUGAGUGAGGUUAGUGCGAAGGGAAGAGAAGCAAAAGGAAGAGGGACUGGGCCCAGGGACAGCAACCGACACUCAACCCAACCAUAAGGGCUGCAGCUGGGAGUCUGAAGGGCCAUUAAGGCACCCCCAGCCCCAACUUCUCUCUAGGAUCCCUUCAAGCCUUACCCGGGAUUGCUGCGGUUUUCUGCUGGCGCCUCUGGUCUCCACGGCCGCGCCCCCACCCCCCCGCAACUCACUACACUAAUGGCUCAGCCUGGGCCCCCAGGGACGUUCCCUGCCCCCCAGACUGCUCCGCGGCCCCCGGCCCCCACACUGCUGUAACCCAAUCCUCUGCGGCAGCUCCAGCUCAGCAGAGCAGCCUCCAGCACAGCAGCCCUUGCUUUCCACACCAGCUGGGCCCUACCUGGUCUCUCCCGCCGAGCCCCAGGAGCCCCAGUCCGGCGCUGAGCCUAGUGGAACCCCAGCUUGCUCCUGGAGACCAUCGAGCCAAGCCUGCUGCACCAGGGCCUCCCCAUCUCUCGGUCUGGGCUCCUCUCCCCCUCCCUGUCCUUCCCUCACCUCACCCACAGCGACCCCCACCUGGCCACCCAAAUCCUCUCAGCACCUCCUGGUCCUCAGACUGACCCUCUUUCCUCCUUCCAAACCCCUGCAGCCUGGUCACCACUCCCCGGCCCUCUCAGUGUCCCCCGCCCCGGGCCUCGGCAUGAAGCCCCAUCCCGGGCCAGAGGAGGCUCGGCGGCCGGCCUCAGACAUCUGCGUGUUCGCCAGCAGCUGCACCCUGCACGGGCUGGGCCACAUCUUUGGCCCCGGGGGCCUGACGCCUCGCCGAGGGCUGUGGGCCACCGCCGUGCUCCUGUCGCUGGCCGCCUUCCUCUAUCAAGUGGCUGAGAGGGUGCGCUACUACGGGGAGUUCCACCACGAGACAGCCCUGGACGAGCGUGAAAGUCACCGGCUCACCUUCCCCGCUGUCACCCUGUGCAACAUCAACCCGCUGCGCCGCUCGCGCCUCACACCCAACGACCUGCACUGGGCCGGGCCCGCACUGCUGGGUGUGGAGCCCGCUGACCAUGCUGCCUUCCUGCACGCCCUGGGCCAGCCCCCUGCACCACCCGGCUUCAUGCCCAGUUCCACCUUCGACAUGGCUCGACUGUACGCCAGGGCUGGGCAUAGCCUGGAGGACAUGCUGCUGGACUGCCGCUACCGAGGUUGGCUGUGCGGGCCUGAGAACUUCACCGUGAUCUUCACCCGGAUGGGUCAGUGCUACACCUUUAAUUCUGGCGCCGACGGGGCAGAGCUUCUCACCACUCCCAAGGGCGGCAUGGGCAACGGGUUGGAGAUCAUGCUGGAUGUGCAACAGGAUGAGUAUCUGCCCGUGUGGAGGGACAUGGAGGAGACCCCGUUUGAGGUGGGGAUCCGAGUGCAGAUUCACAGCCAGGAGGAGCCGCCCACCAUCGACCAGCUGGGCUUCGGUGCAGCCCCUGGCUACCAGACCUUUGUGUCCUGCCAGCAGCAGCAACUGAGCUUCCUGCCACCACCGUGGGGCGACUGCAGCUCCGCAUCUCUGGACCCCGACUUUGAGCUGGAACCUUCGGAUCCCCUGGGUCCCCCCAGCCCCAGCCCAGGCCCCCACUCUCCCUAUAGUCUAAUGGGGUGUCGUCUAGCCUGUGAGACGCGCUAUGUGGCUCGGAAGUGCGGCUGCCGAAUGAUGCAUAUGCCUGGCGGCGCGCCAGUGUGCAGUCCCCAGCAGUACAAGGACUGCGCCAACCCGGCGCUCGACGCCAUGCUGCGGAAGGACGCGUGCACCUGCCCCAACCCGUGCGCCAGCACGCGCUACGCCAAGGAGCUCUCCAUGGUGCGGAUCCCGAGCCGCGCCUCCGCCCGCUUCCUGGCCCGGAAACACAACCGCAGCGAGGCCUACAUCGCAGAGAACGUGCUGGUGCUGGACAUCUUCUUCGAGGCCCUCAACUAUGAGACAGUGGAGCAGAAGAAGGCCUACGAAGUGUCGGAACUGCUUGGUGUGUGCGCGCAGGGGACCCACACAGGGCACCCAGGGGUCUGGGGAGGUGUGGGCAGGGCAGGUGGCUGUGAGCUGAUGGGUAACCUGGGCUCCGCAGGUGACAUUGGGGGCCAGAUGGGGCUGUUCAUCGGAGCCAGCCUGCUCACCAUCCUUGAGAUCCUGGACUACCUCUGUGAGGUGUUCCGGGACAGGGUCCUGGGAUACUUCUGGAACCGAAAGCACUCCCAAAGGCAUUCUAGCACCAAUCUGCUUCAGGAAGGGCUGGGCAGCCACCGAACCCAAGGUCCCCACCUCAGCCUGGGCCCCAGGUAACAAGAAAUGGCCCCCUAUUUCAAGGGAGGAGGGGCAGGUCCCAUCUAGAGGGUGCCAUUCAGGUUCAGGAGGGCAAGGCAGUGGGUUCAAGGCCUCCUGUCCCAGCGCUGUGGUCUGGGUCGCACCAGGCCUCCCACACCUCCCUGUGCUG